GAUCCGAAAGUACGGCCUGCUGGGACACGUACUUUUAACACCUACAAACUGAGUGAAACAAGUGCAAGAUAUUCUAUAAUAUCGAUUUAAACUGUGAAAUAUGGUUCUUUUAGACGUGUUACUUAAGCGGACAGAGCGAAGUGUAUGAUAUUUGGGGGAAAUACCGAAGAGGACUUGUUGCGUGAAUCAUGAAGAAUCCGAUGCUGAGAGCGGCGCUGUUCGCUUACCUUUUCUUUGCAGAAGUACUUGCCAUCCAGGUGACAGUUCCGCAGACACAACGGAGCACCACUAUGUUUGCCUCAAUCAUCUUGCGCUGUGAGUACUCUACUUCAGUCAGCCCUCAGGAAGUGCUGCUUACAUGGCGCUACAAGUCCUUCUGCCUGGACCCUGUGUUGCAGUAUUACUCAGCAGCAUACCAGGCAGCUCUGAGUCUGGGGCAAGAUCCAGCCAACGACUGUCCCGACCGCCAACGUACCAUCCGCACAGUUAUCCAGAAGAGAGGAAACAAUGAGCCCAUACUGGGAGCAGAUUACCGUGAACGCAAGAUCACCAUCCAAAACAAAGCUGAUUUGGUCAUCACUGAGGUCAUGUGGUGGGAUAAUGGUGUGUAUUUCUGCUCGGUUGAUGCAGCUGGAGACACAAUCGGUGACUCUGAUGCGGAGAUCAAACUCAUUGUGUACAAUUGGCUCACUGUGCUGUUGAUCAUUCUUGGAGUACUGCUUCUGAUCACACUUUUCUGUAUCUGCUGCUGUCAGUGCUGCCCUCAGAACUGCUGCUGCUAUGUUCGCUGCCCGUGUUGUCCAAAAACAUGCUGCUGUCCAGAGAAAUUGGUUAUGCAGCACAGGAUGAUGCGUGAUGCCCAGAAAGCCAUGGCUCCCUGGCUUCAGGGCCAGCCUAUUUAUGCCCCUAUUGGGUCUAAUGGAUCAUCUCACAACCCUCUGCUCUACUCAGGUUCCUUUUCAGAUUAUUCUUCUAAACACAACAUACCAAUGGCACCAAUGCCUGUUUCUUCCCCGCUGCCUGGUCCACCUAUGGUACUUCCACAUGGUGUCCAAGCCAGUGGUAGUGUGCAUGGUAGUGUCCAUAACAACAAUCAGAUGCUAGACUUUCUGGAGAGUCAGGUAAGGGGGAUGGACAUGGGCGCCAAACUGCUCCAGCCUCGAACUCAGUAUGUGGGAACCCAUCUUCAGACUCUUCCUCCUCAGCAAGCAGCCCUUCAACCCCAGCCCAUUCAAGCAUUAGCACAAGCUGUGCCGUUCUCCCCUGGGCCUCCUAGUAUGCUUUCAGCAUUGGAUGAAAUUGGUGUGCGUGGUGUAGAGCGGAGAGUCAUCCAGUUGCCCCCAAUUGUGGGCCGUGCACUAAGCCUGACCUCUCGCAGGGGUUCAAGGGAGAACCGUGCGGUAACGAGACUCUCUAGUCAAUCAAGUGGCAGCUCAAAUCGCACAGGUCAUAACCGCAACAGUUCCAGGCAUCCUGGGUCAUCACGGUGUGGAAUCCUGCGUGGCUACAGUGAAGAAUCUGACUGGAAUGACAGGCAGUCGAGCCAAGGCUCACAGGAAUAUAGGGAAGAUAGAGGCACACAGAGGUCUCAACCACGCGUUCGUAGCAAAGCUGAGCUAAUAAAGGAACUGGAAAGGGCAACUUUUCACCAAGACAGGGGCUGGUCUCCUGCACCUCAGGGUGGCUUCAGGAGUUCAGAGCAGGAAGACAAUGGUCACAGAGGGGUGUUAGGUUCACGAGACAGAGCUUGGCCUGUGAACCCACCUAGUUACUCUUCUAUUGAAAUCCACCCAGGCCACAGCAAGAGGACCAGUGAACACAACUCGGACAAGAGCUCUCGCAGUGGUGUCAGCAUUGUCAUCUGAAACCUACUCUUGGAAACUUGUACUGUAUUUUCACAGUGAGUGUUCAAGUUAGCAUGGCUUCCUGUAAAGAGGACCACUUAAAGGAUCAUUCUAAAGAUUCUUCUGAGAUAAUACUAGUAUCAACAGAAUUAGGCCAGUGGAACAAGAAGAAGAGAAUGAAUUUUCUGAAUGUAAUUUUAAAAUCAAUAUUCUAGGUUUGUAUAUGGUUUAUUGUAUACUGUUUUUUUUUUACACUGCAGUGAGCUGCACUUCAACUGAAUUUUUGUUUUUUAACUUAAUAAUUGUAAUUUUAUAAGUUGCUUUUACUUCUGAAUUUUAUAAUGCUUAUUAUUGUAAAUUGGUAUUUUUGUUAGGCAGCAAGUUUUGUUUCAUUCUUGGUGCAGUUUAAAUCUAUACAAAAUGAAGGAACUCUAAUUACACUGAGUAUUUCAGUGAAUAGGUAUAUGCUACAUCCUCGUUUAAUGCAUGGGCAAAUGUGUGUUUCUAAUUGCAUUGUCCUCCUAAAAGCUUUGUGACUGUUGUAUAAUUGUGCCUAAUGAUGUCUAAUCAAAACAGAAUGGUAAUUAAUGUAACCUUAAUGUUGGAUGCUACAGAGUUAGAAAUGUUAAUUAAUUGAAAGAUGUAAUGCAUCUAAUGGCAAAGUAAUUAGCAUAACAUACAACUAGAGUUUUUAUUUAUAGGCAUGUAUUUUGUUUACUUCUUAAAAUAAACCUGUUUAGAUAAGAUGCAGUGGAAUUGCUUUCUUUUUUUUUCUUUUUUUUACU